AUGGAACAUUCAACUUCGGAAUCCCUCAACAGCUCGAAUGAUGCACUUCAACGAAGAAAACAAUAUCAUGAGCUUCUGGAUCUUGGGCAUGAACUCGCUCUCCGAACACAAACGGAAGAUGCGGUCAGUAUAUUUCAGGGAGUUACAUCGAUCCUCCGGCAAACUGACACUCUUCAACAGGGGACAAACCAACGGUUCGAAAAUGCUUCGGAAAUGAAUAUGAACGUGCAAAUCGUUAAAAUGGGCCAUGAUUUAGUCGGUGCGGCAUUGCAGAAAAACGAAAGCUCUCAGUUUUGUGACGAAGAGUUAACAGAUGGAAUAAACGCUAGGCUUGGCGAUUCCAAUGAUGACAUGCAGUGGGAAAAUAUAGGAGCUUUCUGGGUUUCUUCUUUCCGCAUGUCGAAGCAUUCGCCCUGUUUGCUAGGCAUGUUCGAUUUUCAACCCGUGCUGGUGGAAAGAAGCGUAAAGGAGCGCCGCCGUCGUCAACGGCCAGAGCUAGGCGUAGCGCGCAAGCCCGAAACCGUCACCACACUGCAUCAAGAAGAAGCAGAUGCGCGAAAGCUUCAAGACAUCUUAGUGCAACUACAACAAAUUUACCAGGAAAGAGGUUCACCGGUACCCUACCUUCAACUCAUAACCGAUCCUACCGAUUACAUGAACACCAUAGACACAGCGUUCCAACUGUCCUUUCUGAUUCGCGACGGUGCAGCGGCUUUGGAAAUUAUCAACGAUGUUUUGUCCGUACGUCCAACCACGGAUAGCGAAAAGAAACAGAACAAAAGAAAUGACGAUACAGUGCAGGCCGUAUUAAAUUUAAAUUAUUCCAAAUGGCAGGGUGCUGUUAAGCAAUACAAAUUGAAAAGUCCAAUCCUUACAAUCGAUCGAGACUUGACGGAUGCACCUUAG